AUGGACAUUGCAAACAUGCAAGACGAUAGCUUUAAAGUAUCGAAAAAACGCAGAUACAAGAAGAGCUCCAGCGAGUUUCCACCACUACCAAGUAAGCCCAGCCAGCUUCUUACUUCAGCUUCAUCUCCUUUGCCUCAAACAAAAUGUUUAACCACCCAAACUCUAACCUUGGCUACUGACUAG